GAUUCUGACAAUCCUGAUCUGCGAGACCGUGGCUACAUAUACUGGCGUCUACUUUCUACAGAUCCAGUAGCUGCAAAGGAAGUUGUUUUGGCAGAGAAACCCUUGAUUUCAGAAGAAACAGACCUAAUUGAGCCAACCCUCCUUGAUGAACUAAUUUGCCACAUUGGAACCCUGGCUUCUGUAUACCAUAAGCCACCCAGUGCAUUUGUGGAAGGUAGCAGAGGUGUUCAACACAAGAGAUUGCCGCCACGGUCUGGAUCGAAUGAAAGUACCGAGAGUCCAGAUGUAACCCCAUCAACUGCUGCACAGCCCACUGAGCAACAACCAGCUGUUAUACCAUCCCAGGGAGAUCUUUUGGGUGAUCUACUGAAUCUGGACCUUGGACCUCCAGUUAAUGUUCCCCCUAUUCCCUCAUCAACAGUUCAGAUGGGAGCCAUGGACCUUCUUGGUGGUGGAUUGGACAGUUUGAUGGGCGAUGAAACCGAAGGGCUUGGUGGAGAUCUAAGCGGAAGUCCUGCAAUUGGUGCGGGGUAUGGAACUCCAGCAGUCGUGCCAACAUCUUUGAAUGCACCACUGGGAGGUGGUUUAAGUGACCUGUUUGAUCUUGCUGGUGGAAUGAACAUGCCAUCUGGUUCUUACGUGGCCCCCAAAACUGUAAGAAUUAUUUAUUUGCUUUUGAUGUUCUUUCUUGAAGGAUGGAUUAUUCCAUCUCCUGACCAUCUAGCCUAAGUGCCU